CUUACGUUUGAUUCAGUUUAAACUGGGGUCAGGCUGUCAGGCUGUCUGGAAGUGAAAACGGCGAGAUCAAACUGAUGAUUUAAUUCAUGGAGAUUGAUGCGAUUCUUGUAAUUUUACGGUUUCCCUGAGAGUUUGAAGUCUCCGUGUCUGUUUAUCCGGUCUUUUUAAAUCAGGAUUAAAGGAAAAUGAGGCUUCGCUCGAGAACUGUUUUAAACGAAAACACAACGACACCGAUUCGCCGCCGCCGAGCCGCUCCGGAGACACCGAGCCGGGAGAACGAGCCGGUCCAGAACCAGGAUGACCCAGAGGUUCUUCAAGACUGCUCAAAUCUGGACCCUGAUGAUGUCCCAACAGCAUCCAAACGUCCACGGAGGAGAAGAAAAGCUUUAUCAGCUGUUGUGAAUAAAGAGUCAGGUUUCAAGACUCCAGUCCAUCACCUCCGGGAAAGACAUUCCUCAUUGAAUCCAGCCGCUCGGAGCCUUUACUCUCCUGCAGUUCACUUUCUCACCCCCCCAAGAGACCGUGAGCAGCCAAACACUGGUCCCCUCUUCAGUCCUGAACACCGUGUGUUUGGUUACAGUGCUGCCAGUCCUCUUUCAGAAGACGAAGAGAAUGAGGAAGUGUUUAGUCCUUUCACAUUUAUCAAAAACAUUCCCAACCGUUCCCAACAGUCCAGGCCGGUGUCUGCAGUGCGGGACAUCCCACCAAAGACGAGGAGCACACCUGCUGCCACCCUGGUGCUGGAUUUGGAUGAAACCCUGGUGUUCAGUUCACUCAAUGUGAUCCCUGAUGCAGAAUACACCUUCAAUACACGCUUUCAAGACCACAAGUAUAAGGUCUACGUAAUCCUCAGACCACAUGUGAGAGAGUUUCUACAAGCCAUGACAAAACAUUUUGAGAUGUUUGUUUAUACGUCUGCAAAAAAGGAGUAUGCAGAAAAGAUUGUAGAUAUUUUGGACCCUAAUAAAAAGCUCUUCAGGCAUCGUUUGUAUCAGGACGACUGCGCCUGUGUGCUUGGACACUACAUUAAAGAUUUGACCAUUCUAGAAAGAGACUUGUCAAAGACGGUCAUCCUGGACAACGCCCCUCACACUUUCCCAUACCACCUGAUGAAUAUGAUUCCUAUAAAGAGCUGGAUUGGAGAUCAAGAGGACCGUGAGCUGCAAAAGCUCAUUCCAUACAUGGAGAAACUAGUCCACGCGGAUGACUUCAGAAAUGUUUUAAAGAAGAGAACCGACCACUUCCACAGGCUGCUCUCUGAGGACUAAACCCUGGAUUAGGUGUAAAUACAUGUACAGCCAUCCUAAUAAAUGCAGUAAAAUUGCCCAUCUACAAGCUAGCUAAGGCUAAAUGUGUAGUAUGGUGAUUCACCCUGGUAUAACCAAAGUGUUUGUUUGAUAGGCGAUAGUGUUAAUGCUACCUUUAUUCACCCUGGUGAUCAGCUGGUGUUCUGACCCAUUUUGAAGAUCAGGACUAGAAUCCUGCCUUUAAUUUAUUCAACUAUGAGAUAUUGUACAGGUGCCACUGAAAGUGUGUGUUUUUUACACACUCAACUCUUGUUUUCAAUGUGCGUUGCACUCAGAGCUCUAGUUUUAAAAGUCAUUUAGGAUGAUUUUCGGUAACCAAUAAAUUUUUGUUUCACUGAAGUAA